AUGGCCAGCGAACAGGAUCAGAUUACGCCUGAUGGGAGGCAGGACGAAGCAAUUCGAGAAAAGAAGGAGAUUAAUACAAGCGACGAAAAGAAGGCUGGCUUGAACUCUGACAUUGAGAGGACCAUCAGCAUCAUCGACGAUGAAAAUGAUGGCGAUUACGACGUCAGAAAAGAGAAUCGCUUUGGCGAGGUUACUGUCAUCGACAAUGCAAAAGACCUGAUUACGCACGUUCUGCAUGUCGACGACAAUCCCAAUGAUACCCCGUGGACAUUUCGUGCGAUUGUUAUUGGCCUCAUCCUGUGCAUCUUCUCAUCUGUGCUGCAGGAGAUCUUCUACUUCAAACCUCAAGUCAUUUAUGUGUCUGUGGUCUUCCUCACUGUUAUUGCAUACAUCCUCGCGCUGCCGUUUCAACUCAUCCCACGACCCGAGGGCAAUGGCAUCAUAUCCCGGAUAUGCCGUUUCCUCAACCCGGCCGAGUUCAACUCCAAAGAGCACGCUUUCAUGGUAAUCAUGGGAUCAGCGGGCUCAACCUCUGCGGUAGCGACGCAGAUUCUUGCAGCCCAGCGACUUUACUACGGAUCGAACCCAAAUCAAGGUGCCGCCAUCUUCCUUGUCAUCGCCUCGCAGUUUCUGGCGUAUGGCAUAGCGGGACUCCUUCGAACGGUGCUUGUGCAGCCCGCCAAGAUGCUUUGGCCAAUUAAUAUCCCCGUCAACACGCUGCUAGAGACUUUACAUCGUGAUAAAGCCGAGACAAAGCAACGCCUCAAGUAUUUCACUUACGUCUUUAGUGGCGCCUUCUUCUGGGAGAUUAUCCCGUUGUGGAUUGCGCCCAUUUUUCAGGGCAUUUCGAUCCCAUGCUUGGCUCAUCAGGAUAGCUUGGUGUUUACCAACCUAUUUGGAGGAGCGCAGAAUAAUGAGGGUCUCGGUUUUCUCGGCCUCUGCUUCGAUUGGAAUUACAUUGCCGGACUGAACUCGCCUCUCUGGUUCCCUCUAUAUACGCUAGUCAACAGUUUUGUCGGAUACUUGAUAUGUAUUGUGCUAUUCAUGGGAAUUUACUACGGAAACAUUUGGCAGUCUGCGGAUUUCCCUUUUCUAUCCCAGUUGCUAUACGACAGCUCAUCCAAUGCAACCAAUUUUGUCGAAUACAACCUCACGGCUGUUCUAAAUAGCGAUAACACCAUUAACAACACUCUUGUUGCUAAUCAAGGAUUCCCUCACCUCUCUGGAACAUACGUGGUCUAUCUCCUCACUACAAACCUCGGCAUUACGGCUGCAAUUGUUCAUAUGCUCUUGUGGAAUUACGACGAUAUUAAGAACGGCUGGGCAUUCUUGCACCCACCUGACGAAGAGAUGGACCCUCAUUACAAGUUGAUGAUGCAAAAUGGAUAUGCCGAAGUGCCAAAUUGGUGGUACGGUAUUGUUCUCCUCUUGUCCUUCGUGAUCGGUAUUGCUACAUUGUACGCAAUCAAGUCCACCUUGCCUUGGUGGGGAUUCAUCGUGUCGAACAUUUUUGCCGCGCUCUUCAUCCUCUUCUUUGGCGCUCAGAUGGGAUUGACUGGAUUCCAAUUCAACCAACAGCCUGUUAUUCAGAUGCUGGGCGGUUAUCUGCUGCCGGGAAAGCCAUUGGCCAACAUGUACUUCACUGUGUUUGGUUUCAACGGUAUUCAGCAAGGCCAGUGGCUGCUUCGUGAUCUGAAGUUAGCCCAACUGGCACAUUUACCGCCCAAGGCGACCUUCUUUGCUCAGAUGCUUGGCACUGUAAUUGGUGCCAUCAUGGACUACGUGAUGAUGGUGAGCAUUGUAGACAACCAGACGGAGACGUUGUUGUCGAUUGAUGGAACCAACAUCUGGUCAGGCCAAAAUGUCCAAGGGUACAACACUCUCGCCGUGGCCUGGUCCCUGGCUAAAGACAUGUUCUCAGUUGGUAACCGCUACCAAUGGGUUACGUUGGCAUAUCUGCUCGGCUUCGCAGCUCCCAUACCGUUCUGGCUGGCAUGGAAGCUGACGAAGCGUGAGAUCUUCCGCGAUGUCAAUACCAGUAUUAUUAUCUGGUACGCUGGUGUGCUUUGCGUCGGUGUCAACUCAUCACUGCUCAUGUUCUUCGGCUUCGGAAUCUUUGCUCAGUUCUACCUCCGUCGCUACCACCCUGCUCUUUUCAUCAAGUACAACUACUUAAUCUCUGCGGCAAUGGACGGUGGCACGCAGGUCAUGGUCUUUAUCCUCAGUUUCGCUGUUCUGGGUGCCAGUGGAAAGUCGUACAACUUUCCGACCUAUGCUCUCAACAAUGGUGGUACGAACAACAACAAGAACAUUGACUACUGCAUGUUUAAUGUUGCCAGCGGGGCUUAA